UUCAAAUUUCAAAAAGAACUUUAUUUUCUCUUCUUCGAAAACCCUCCCUUCACAGCUUCUCUCUCAUUUCUAAUUCCUUCGUCUUUCUUCUCAACUGCAAAUCUCUCUCUCCUCCUCCCCUUCUCUCUCGCUCUCUUGUCUCCUUCGUCUUCCUCAUCUUCACUCUUCCUAUCUCUCAAUUUCCAUUCUCUAAAAUGAAGCAUGCACCCAAGAAACCCUAUUUUGCUAUAUACCCAUGUCGCCGAUCCACUGCCAUCUUCUAUUCCUAGCGCUAACGGUGCCGGAAUCAAGGGCGGCAGACCCCUCGGAAACCUACGUCGUCUUCCAAAGAAAAUGCUUCACCGUCCGGUCCCAAUUCCAUGGUUCCCGAUUCCAAACCCUCGCCGACUAAGGUGAAGAGCCUGCUCCCUCUUCUAACCCACUUAAGCGGAAGCUCAGUAUGGAGACCGUUCUUGAGAAUUCCAUCCCUGGGUCGUCUGAUUCUAUUGCGAAGGUGUUUUUGCUUCAGAAAACUGCCCUUUAUAGAUGUAAUAUGGCUGGAAAGCCUGCUGUUUUAACUCGUGUGGUAGACAGCAUGACUAACAACUUGAGACCUACACGUGCAGUAGCUACUGAUGUUGCCAAUGCUGUACUUAAUGGAAGUGAUGCAAUUAUUCUUGAGGCUGAGACAUUGCAUGGAUUACAUCCAGUAGAAACCGUUUCAAGCGUUAGUAGAAUAUGUGCUGAGACAAAUUUGUUUUAGAGAAGAGGACUGAUCCUCCAAAAUGGGACCUUUUGAAACCUGUUCCAUUUGCCAUCGAUGCGAGGCCACUAGAAACCAUGCUUGGGCAGAGUUCUGAUGUCCAUUAUAUGCACAUUUGUACAAAGGAUUGUUCUUUGAGGACAGACCAAAAACAUGGUGGUGUUGUUGAGUGAAGGAAGAGUCUGAUAAGAGGCAAGUGUUUUUCUUUAAUUGAAAAUAAAGGAGUUUUUUUUUUUUUUUUCAAGUUAUGUAAGAUGAUAGUAUUUUCAAGCUUAUCUAUUUCCCACUUCCUUAAAUCAUAAA